AAACCAAAAGUUCAAACGUUUUUCAAUUUUCCUGAUAAAUCAAUGAAAAUUACUUGCAAAGACUGUUUCAUGUCUUAUCUUCCAAAUAUUAAAUCAGACCAAUAUAUACAUCGAGAUUAUCAUAAAAAAUAUGUUGAUGGAAUGAAAUGGGAAUAUUCAUAUGGCAAAAAAAUUAUUGAACCUUCAAAUGUAACAAAUAUUCCAUUAAAUAUCAGAGAAUCAAUCAACUACCUUAAUCCGAUAAUAAGAGAUGGUUCAAUUUUCGAGGUUGAUCUCUUGGAUGAGAAAAAAAAAUCAGGACAAAAAGUCAUUUUAGAAUUGUUAAAAAUGAUCAAUAAUGAGCUCAAUGCCCCUGAUGAUUGGUUUUCUUUCGGAGUCAAAGAUCUUUCGAAAAAUUCUGGUCAUGUUUCUACCAAAGGUAAAAUAUAUGUAUAUUCUUAUAACCACAAAAUUAUCGGAUUGGCUUCAUUUGAAAAGUUGAAUGAACUCCAGAGAUCAAAACUCAAUUUGAUGGAUGUUAGAACAAAACAAGUAAUUUCCAUUCCACGAAAUAGUUCUGAUAAAAGGUUUUCCACUCUAUUACAGAUGAUUCCUCAAGCAUACUAUGGAUUAUCCAGAAUAUUUGUAUUAAAAAAAUACAGAAGAUCGAAAAUUGCAUUAAUUAUGUUAUAUGCGUCACUAAAAGAGCUUGUUUAUGGUAUUCAGUUGGAGAAAAACCAGAUUAAUUGGUCACAGCCAAGUUAUUCAGGACUGAAAUUGGCAAACAGUUUUAACCUAAUAAGAGACAAA